CCUCAAGCCAAGCAAAUAGCCAUCCAUUUCUUGAGCUAAAAAAACCCUUAGUUCAAUUUGGAAAAAAAACAAUGGCUAAGGUUGCAUCACUUGCCCUUCUCCUUACUUUCAACAUCCUCCUCUUCACAAUGGUUAGCUCCACCGAUGUCCCUUGCCCACCACCGCCAUCUGGCGGCCACGGCCAUGGCCACCACCAUGGCAAGGCGAAAUGCCCUAAAGAUACACUUAAAUUGAAGGUAUGUGCCAACCUCUUGAACGACUUGGUCCACCUUGUCGUCGGCAGCCCUGCAAAGGCCCAUUGCUGCCCUCUUAUUGACGGUCUUGUGGACCUUGAUGCCGCCGUCUGCCUUUGCACCGCCAUUAAAGCUAAUGUGUUGGGUAUUAACCUUAAUGUUCCCCUCUCCCUCAGCUUGGUCCUCAACAACUGUGGAAAGAAGGUCCCAGAAGGCUUCAAAUGUGCAUAAGCUAGCCAACAGCGCAGCUUAUUAUCUUAUAUUCUUUUUAGUUUCUUUGGUUUUGGUGUGUUUAGUCUUCAGCAUUCUAGCUAGCUUAUGUUGUCUGGCUAGUUGUCGGAGAUGCUGUAAUCUUGCUUCAAUUCCUAUUGUGUUAAAUUGUUCAUGUUCUUUUCAUUAUUCAUUUGAGAGAAGCUAAGGUUUGAAUCUGCUUAUUGAAUUGGCAAUAAAAACAUUCUUUAUGA